GCUAAUCAAGCUCAUAGUAAAACCUGGAAUGGGUGACAGUGUUUUUCAACAGGAGCCUUAUUUCUAUCCCUGCUGACUGACCUGUUCAUUUUUGGCAGUCCCUAUCCCAUACAAUAACACAUUAUUUUCAACUUAUAAAAGCAACGAUGCCUUUAGCAGCAAGCAUGACCUGGAGUGGUACAAGGGAGAGGUGAGAGCUAGGGAAGGGCACCCUGGAACCCGAGGAUGUUCUGGUCUGGAUUAUCAGGAACAGCUGAUGUAUCAAAACAAAACCUUUGCUCCACACAUCUCCUCCCGGUGUUUCCUCAGGAAAGCUCUAUUUCCUCAAGUCCAGGCUGGGCUUCAGAGAGGAAAGGGAAAGGGAAAGGGGCUGAGCCACCUCUCCCAGAACAGUGAGAACUGCAGACAGUUCCCAGGACAGGGUCAGGCUUGGGAAAGGGACUUCAGAGCAGGGCCUGGGAAGGGUCAGUACGGACCCUCAAACUGAGACCCCAACCCUGCUGGAGUACAAGGAACUUUCACACACCCUUCCACACUAGCGCAGCAUGAUCUGCAAUACAAUACUGUACCUGGAGUGAGAUUCAGAAAGCGUUCGUGCAUCAGUUCUGAAUUGGGAGUGCAGUGCUGUCUCUCAUUAGCCAAGCUGUAGGGCUGUAAUGAUACUCUAAUGUCGCAAUAGGAUAUGUAUUGCGAUAUGCAGGUCGCAAUACGGUAUGUGACGUUCCUGACGGGCUACUUGUAUCGUGCAUAAUAAAAUCAAAUUAUCAUUUAAUGAUGGACUAUUUUGUUAAGACAAAAAAUUUAAUUAGACAGACAGUGUAUUUAUACCAACUAUGAAACACAUGUAUUGGCCAUUCAAGACCUGCUUGGUGAACUACGAGCUGUGCUGAGUCUUACUUGAAAUCCUGGUGACUGCCCAGGAGAUCAGGCUGUUGCAUGUAUCAGGUACGAAUAGCCACCUAAUCUACCUCACCAGUUCAUCCCACCAGGGACAAACAUUCUUAAAGAAUUGAAGCAUUGUAAGUGUAUUUUAAACCAUUCUUGAGGAAGAUGUAUUCGGCAGAUACAGAAGGGAAGCAUUGCUUUCCAGUACAGCGAAUGCUGCUGUUGAGCUGGAGCUGGAGUGCUGGUGUCAGCUGUGAUUCUUGCCAAAGAAACUGUUGUAAAACAAGCCUUUCAUUGUGAGCCGUUCCUUUUGAACAAAGGAAGAAUGCAGUUAUUUUUGUAUGAAUACAGGGCUUUGGAAUGCAGAGUAGGAAACCACAGUCUUGGUAUUGCAUUGCCAGACAUGGAGAAAGGAGGGACAGCAAAGCGUUCCCCGCUCCAACACAAGCGCGCACACACACCAGAGGAGGGACCCGAUUGGUUAACGGUGAUGUCAUGGGUUUGCUUAGCUGAUGAUGAGAACAGGAAGCAAGUCUGAUGCAACAAGUGAGCAAGAACAUUGUGGGACGAGCAAAAGGACCGGGAGAAGCAGGAGCUGUCUCCGAGCGAGAUUGAGCAGAAAGUGAGGGAGUACAAUGCACAGAUCAACAGCAACCUCUUCAUGACCAUGAACAAGGACGGCUCCUACACAGGGUUUAUCAAGGUGCAGCUGAAGCUGGUGCGCCCGGUCUCCGUGCCUCCCCCGCCCCGCAAGGCGUCCUCCGUCCUGGAGGUGCGGAAAGGCACGGCUGUGAAGCGGCACACCUCCUUCUACUUGCCCAAGGACACAGCCAAGCACCUGCACAUCAGCUCCAAGACGAAGGCACACGAGGUCAUCGAGGCGCUGCUCAACAAGUUCACCGUGGUGGACAACCCCCGCAAGUUCGCCCUGUUUGAGCGCAGCGAGCGCGAAGGCCAAGUGUACCUGAGGAAGCUGCCUGACGAGGAGCGGCCCCUCCAACUGCGUCUGUGUGCUGGCCCCAGCGAGAAGGUGCUCAGCCUGGUGCUCAAGGAGAACGAGACUGGAGACGUGAAUUGGGACGCCUUCAGUAUGCCGGAGCUGCACAACUUCCUGCGCAUCCUGAAGCGCGAGGAGGAGGAGCACGUGAAGCAGCUGGUGGAGCGCUACACCCGCACACGCAAGAAGAUACAGGAGGCCCUGACUAGCCACACCCCCGGCUGAGAUGCGACGCACCGCAGUGCUGCCAAGAGGCCACCAGGGGGCCUCAGUCGCCUUUUCUCCAAAGAUCACAGCUGACCGAGAGAGCGGAUGGACACUGCCUGAGUGUGGGUGGUGAAGAGAGCGAAUGGAACGAACCGUGAUGUGCCUUCGACCCGGAAUGAGAGAGAGAAUGAGUUGCACUUGUGAAAGAGAGAGAUUGUGAGAGACUGGCUGUGUCCAGCAAUGACUGAUUGCCUUAAUAGACUCUUGUAUGAUUCCAGUGUAUUCUGAAAUAACAUGCAGGGGACAUGGAGAUGGGGUACUCCCUUAAUUUCUUUGGGGGUCACUCCACCCCAUCCCCACCAUCAGCACUGUGGAACCUUGUUGAAGUGUAAGAGACUGCCAAGCUAGCCACCCGGGUAUCCAAACCCACAGUGUUCAUAGUGAAUGGCUGGACUGUCUGUACAGUACACAGUGUAGGUCACAAGGCUUCUGUGUUGAGAAGCACUUUGACUGAAUCCUGUGCUCUGCCCACUUUCGCUUUGCUUUUUAUUGGAAUAGUAAUUCUCAAGUCUUGGUGGGCGGGAUGGGAGAUUUUACAUUAUUUACGGUUUUUUUAAACCCUUUUAUAUUUUAGGCUCUUUUUAUAUAUAAAACAUGAAAUUUCAUAUUUGUAAUGUUGUUUUUUUUUUUUUUUAAAUCCCAAAUAACACGUCACAUUUCUUCAGUCUAGUACUUUUUGGAUGUGUAUUUCUUUAAUGCCUUUGCGUUACAUAUUCUAAUUGUAAUUUGAUAACAAUUGAAGGAUUUAGGGCAGUGUACUGGUAACCCAUGUUUGCAGCAUGCUAUAUCCCACACAGCAAUGACCACCCUGUAUUCAGUUUUAACGAGCCUCAGUCUUUUUCUGUUUUGUUGUUUUGACCAAUGUGAAAGCUCUCUAAUCUUGAGGAUCACUUCAAAACAUGGAUGUGAAGUUCACUGAUGACUUUGCCGUUUUUUCGAGUUUCAAGUUUGAUUUUUCUCAGCCCCUUCAAUUAAAAAAAAAAAAAAGUUUUUUUUUUGUUUGGUUCUUUUUCAUAUUCAAGCCUGUGACUAUAAAUCAUGACACAACUUUGUGCCUGAAAAGAGAAAUAAAAACUUAAGAGAAAA